UUAUUUAGCAGGCGCUCAGUCCCAUGUCGCCAUCUGCCAGAAGAAGAAAAACACUGCGGAAUAUUCUCCUGAUCGUAAACUGUUAUCCGGAAGCAAACGGGGUAAACAAACCAGUUUUAUUUAAAAAAAGGCGCUUUAGUGAAACACAGAGCAACAGGUGUUCAGCAUCCUGCGUGCGUAAAAUAGACAAGAAGCGGAUUACUGACCCACAUCGUCCGGUACAAACAUUGACAUCAGGUUAGUUUAUCACUGAGAUAAAUAAGAGUGAACUGAGCUUUUCUUCAACAUGUGAAAAAAACACGUGUCAUUUGCUUAAAAGCUGCAGCUCUUGAAUGGAAUCGGAUCUUGCUUUGCGCAUUUGGCUCUGGAAGGAUGCGGGGCGAUAAUUGAGCUUCCCCUUCAAAGUUAACAGACUGGAAAUCAACUACAACCUAGUGAGUACGAUGCUGAUCACAUCCACGCGGUGAAGCUGACCGGGAUCGACCCUCGCUGAGCAGAAGGGACGAGUGGUGCACGGCAUCAUGGUGCUGGAGGGGGACCGGGCGCUGCUCGCCGCCAGGCAGGGCGACGUGCAGGCUCUCAAAGCGCAGCUAGCGGCCAAAGCGCUGAGCGGCGACGUGAAGGAUGUUCUGGGGGCUUCGCCGGUCCACCACGCAGCCCGGGCCGGAAGACUCGCCUGCCUGCGGUACCUGGUGGAGGAGGCAGGACUGCCGGGCAACUGCCUGGCCAACAACGGGGCGAGCCCGGCGCAUGACGCAGCAGCCACGGGCAACCUGGCCUGCUUGCAGUGGCUGCUGACCCAGGGUGGAUGUCGGCCAGAGGACAAGGACAGCUCUGGGGCCACUGUUCUCCAUCUUGCAUCCCGCUUCAGUCACAACGAGAUCACUGAUUGGCUGCUGAAGAGUUGUGAGGUGGACCCCGGGGCCUCCACCGACACGGGCGCCGUACCUGUUCACUAUGCUGCUGCCAAGGGAGACCUGCCGUCUCUGCGACUGUUAUUGGGGCACAGCCCAAAUGUUGUCAACUCCAAAACUAAGAAUGGUGCCACGCCGCUCUACCUGGCCUGCCAGGAGGGUCAUCUAGAGGUCGUCCAAUACCUGGUGAAGGAUUGCGGAGCCAAUCCAAGCAUCAGAGCCAAUGAUGGGAUGACAUCACUGCACGCUGCUGCCCAAAUGGGCCACAACACGGUCAUCGUCUGGCUGAUGAGUUUCACAGAGAUCAGCCUGACGGACAAGGACAGCGACGGGGCCACGGCCAUGCACUUUGCAGCCAGUCGUGGUCAUGCGAAGGUGCUCAGCUGGCUGCUGCUGCACGGAGGAGAUAUAGUCACCGACAGCUGGGGAGGGACCCCGCUUCACGAUGCGGCAGAGAACGGUGAACUGGAGUGCUGUCAGAUCCUCGUGGUGAACGGUGUGGACCUGGGCAUCAGGGACCAGGACGGCUUCUCAGCAGCAGACCUGGCCGAGUACAACGGCCACUCCCAGUGUGCCAAGUAUCUGCGCACUGUGGAGAACAUGAGUGUUGAGCACCGUGUUUUGUCCCGGGACCCCUCGGCCGACCUCGAGUACAAGCAGCCGGACUCGGGCCUCUCGUCCCCGAACACAACCAUGCCCCCUGCCAGCCAGGUGGCCCACUUUGACAUCAGUUCCCCAUCCAGCUCCCUGUCCAACUACGACUCAGCCAGCUCCAGCCAGUCCAGCACCGGGGAGAAGAGGAGCAGCCUAACAGCGUCUCGAGGGCCGCCGGCUCAGCUGAACACAGUCGCACACACAGGUGCAUCCGAGUCGGCCAUUUCAGACAUGCAGGCAUACAUGGACAUGCUAAACCCAGACAUUGGCUCUGACGUGCUCAAAAAGGGUGAAAUACCGGCCAAUCCCACCACGAAGGCCCCGCCACCGCCGACCUAUCCACCCCCACCUCCCCCACUGUGUCCUCCACCGCCACCCCCGCCUCCGGGCUACCCAGCACCCCAGCCCCCUCAGGAGCCGUCGUCAGCAGAGUUCCUGAAGGUGAAGAGCAACCUGCGGCAUGUGGAGGGUAAUGCCAACAAGAAAGAGCAGCUCACCACUGGAGAAAACCACGAGAAGCUGCGGCGUGUGGAUUCAAACAGGAAAUCAAGGAGCUUCAGCAAGCAGCCCAGUACUGGGGACUACUACAAGACCCUGGGCAGCGACACCACAGAGCCCCGCGGGAGCAAAAGCAUGGCGCCCAAUGAAGAGGGCUCUGUGUUAUUGGAGGAGCCAAACGACAGCCCCGCCCACAGCUCUGAGAAUGGCACCACAGAGGAGUCGGUCCCGCCCCCACCUCCACCACCUCCACCGCCUCUUCCCCCAAGCAACCCAACGCCAACCCCCCCUCCACCUCCUCCACUGCCCCCAGAGAUGCCAACCAGCCAGAAUAACGCCGGUUCCAGCUCCACCAACCAGCGACGCCCAUCUUCCUCAUCAGGAAGUGGGGCUAUAUCCGCCUCUCAAGCUGAGGGAGUGGCACUAAGACAGAUGAAGAGUACAAAAUCUUUCAACAUGAUGUCCCCCACUGGCGACAACUCGGAGCUGCUGGCAGAGAUCAAAGCAGGAAAGAACCUGAAGCCCACACCUCACACUAAAGGCUACACCACUGUCUUCUCCAACAGUGGACCCACGGGCAACAAUGGUAACGCUUCCUCUCCACCAGAGACACGCACAUCUAGCCCACCAGCCAAACCAUCAUCUCCUCCACCAUCCAAUACGCCUGUCACCUCCCCACCCACCACCCCAAGUCCCAGUCCUAGUCCUACAGGCUCUGGAUCUGGCAGAACCAUAUCGACCUCUGCGAGCUACGAGCAACUGCCCUCUAACUCUGUGAUCAAUGGGAACAGUGGUGGUGGUGGUGGCCCCGCAGGAGCAGAGUCGGGACGGAAGACGAGCCUUGCUGACGUGGAGGCGCUAGUGCCUACUCAUGAUGAACAGGGAAAAGCAAUACCUGAAUGGAAGAGGCAGGUGAUGGUGCGGAAGCUUCAGGUCAAGAUCCAAGAGGAGGACGAGCACAAGCGCAAGGUAGAAGAGGAGACGGCACGCCUGGCCUCGAUGCCAGCCUGGAGGAGAGACAUGAUGAAGAAGAAAAUGGACGAAGAGAAAUGUGACAGGGAACAAAAAAGAAAAGUAGAGGAGAAGGUCAAACAGGCCAAGGCGAUAGAGGAGAAGACGGAGCAGGAGCGGCUGCGGACCCUCGGCUACGACGAGACCAAGCUGGCCCCCUGGCAGCGGCAGAUUAUCUUAAAGAAAGGGGAUACAGCCAAACAGUGAACUGGGUCAUCGCCCCCUCCUCUGCCCUGCAGCACCCCCCCACCCUCACACGCUCACUCCAAGGCCUUCACUGAAUGCCUCCCCUUCUCUAAGCCUCCCCCCUGCACCCUGUACUGGACAGGCAACCUCCAGACACACAGGAGCCGUGUUGUGGUUGCUGCUGUCCACAGGGGCUCCGAGGCUCAGCUCUGAUGAAACAUAGCAGCGUACCCCUCCACCUCCCACUGAAUGUAACCUAAACACAAACUCUCGGCUGUGAUUCUCCUGCCUCAAGUAAUCAUUAACUGUAGUAUCUUUCCAUUGGAUUAUUUUCUGCAAAUCAAUAGAAGCUAUUUUACAUACAGUAGGAGAUUUAAGAGGCGUGUGAUAGAUUGAAAAGGUCAUUUUGCCAUGGGGGGAAAAAGCCUGUUAUUGCAUUAAUAUUUUCCCUCUAUUAGCCCCACUCACUGUUAAGUAAAGCUUGGACAGGUACUGUAGCUUCAUAACAGAAUGGAUGGACAUCCUCAGCAAAGGCUUAUAUCACCUCAGAGCAGCUAAUGCAUUAUGUAUGUAGACAGUAUCAAAUCUUUAUCACGUUAUACACUUAGUCAUUAGAUAUAUUUUUUUUAUCAAACUUGUAGAAGCUUUUUCUAAUCUGCUUCGUUCUACUGCCACAGUCGUAAUCUUAACACAGCUCAAACUAAUCGGUUUCUUUAGAACAGCUUCUCUGUGGAUUUGGAAUAUUGAUAAACUGUAUAUCCUAUUUUAAGUAAUGAAAGAAAAAAGAGAUUAUGUAGCUGUGCAAAUCAAAUUGUAUUAAUUGUCACUCAGAAAAAAAAGCUGCAAUGUUUCGAUUUAAUUUUUCUAUAUGUGACCUAAAUGUUAAGCUAUUGUGAUCAUGAAUGUGAAAUGUUGUGUGCAUGUGUUGCAGAAUGUGUAUCGAGCAUGUUGUGAUGUUUUAUUAGGCACAUUGGACCCCAGGGCCCUGGAUUUUCAACAAAGACACACAUCAAUGUGUGAAUACAAUCCUGCUGGUUUCUAUUGGAAAGCAUGGCCUUUUCUAAAUAAAAUUUUUAAAAAGUAUACAUGCAUAUUUGACAAGAGAGUAGACGUCUCUGUGCAAAACCUGAAUAUUGCAAAGGCAGAGAAAAGGCAUCAGUUUGUCCUGUGUGCUGUUCUGCCCUUUGUCCCACUAACCUGGAGGAUGAAUCUUUGAUGAGCAGAUCUGCUUACUCAGCGCUCUCUGUCAGCCAGAAACAUCAGCAACACCAGAAUGGAACUUGUCCUUAUAUCCUGUCAGUUUCAUGUCAGUGUGUAAGUAAUAAUCCGCCGCCACUAGUGUGAAGAGUCCAGUUUCAAUACUCAACAUGACAUCUUAGGUCAAACAUCUAAUCAAAAAUAUAGUAAUCGAAGAUCAUACAAACUCCAUAAUUAACUGUAGACAUCUCUCGCAAAUGAUUUUACAUGACUGAUCUGACACGAAUGCCAAGUUGAAUAUCCUACACCUUAUUUCCAUGGUCUGUACAGUUCCAGGUGUUUGAGGACAACAGGAUGAACAGGAUUCUCACAUUUAUGGACAUUGGUGCAACAUUGUAUGAAAAUGUGGAAAAUCUGAGAUGAAUAUUUGUGACAGAACUGAGGAGACAUGCAGAUUUGAAACGUUAGCAAAGCAUUACGCUGUGUACUGACAUUUAAAGUAAACUCACGACCACGAGUGCGUCUUUCUGAAUACGACACAUUGAUAUUCCCACAUGAUGGAAAUUAUUCUCUAUGUUUACAAAUGUAGGUUAUGGAGUGUAUAUAUGCAUGAUCCUAGCUAGGGAAUCAUUUGGAAAUAUUCAAAUUCACUUUCAUCGGAUGCCAUAUAUGAUGUUAAAAAUGAAAAUGAUGUGAAUGUCAUCGCCAUUUUAUUAUAUACAUAUAUAUAUAUAUAUAUAUAUAUAUAUAUAUAUAUAAAAUCUCUGUAUAUAGUGACCCUCUCAGAACUUUGUCAUUUCGUUGUUUCCAUUAUAUUACAUGUCUCAGCCUUGCUUGAAUAGGAUGUUGGCUAAUUCAUGUGUAAUUAUAUUUUCAGACCAUUAAAAAUGAAGAAAAUAAAUCUGUAAUCAACGGUU